AUGGCCGCCGAGAUGAAGCAAUGGCAGACGGGCCAAGAUGGCCUCGAUAAGCUGACCCUGACCACUGCCAAGAUCCCAGAGCCCACGGACGGGGAGGUUCUGGUCAAGAUCAAUGCUGUAUCGCUGAAUUACAGAGAUACUGAAGUGUGUAUGGGUCUGUACUCUCACCACAAGUCUGUCGGGCAAGCCAGCAAACUCGUGCCAUGCAGCGACAUGUGUGGUACCGUUGUCGAUGCCGGCUCCUCUUCGUGGAAAAAGGGCCAGCGUGUCAUGUCUAUCUUCAACCAAACCCACCUCACUGGUCAAGUCAAGGAGAAGGACAUGGCUUCUGGACUGGGUCUCCCUCUCGAUGGUGUCCUCACCGAGUACAGAUCUUUCUCAGCCGAGUCCCUGGUUGUAGUCCCCGACUACAUGAAGGAUCAAGAGGCCUGUUGCUUACCCAUAGCCUCGGUCACAGCUUGGAUGUCGUUAAACUGCAUGCGCCCAAAGGGCCAGCCAGCCGCCGGUGGCGAGACUGUCCUGCUCCAAGGCACCGGUGGCGUUUCUAUUGCUGGGCUACAGCUUGCGCACGCGGCUGGUCUGAAGACUAUCGUUACAUCUUCCUCAGACACAAAGCUGCAAAAGGCCAAAGACUUGGGCGCCGACUACAUAAUUAACUACAAGGCAACGCCUGAAUGGCAGGAGGAGACCAUGCGCAUUACCAAUGGCGAAGGUGCUGAUAUCAUCUUCGAGUGCGGUGGCUCUCAGACGCUACGCAAAAGUUUCGACUGCGUUGCCUUUGGUGGAUUGAUCGACUGCAUCGGCUAUCUAUCUGGAAAGGAAGACGCUCCAGGAGACAGGCUCAACACCAACGUCCUCGCUUUGCGUCGCAAUGUCACUCUCAAAGGCAUCCUCAACGGACCCCGAGACCGCUUUGAGGAAAUGGCCAAGUUCUAUGCCGAGCACGAGAUCCAUCCAGUGGUGGACAAGAUCUUCAACUUUGAAGAAGCCGCCCAAGCCCUGCAAUACCUCUUCUCCGGCGGGCACUUUGGCAAAGUCGUUGUUAGGGUUGCAUGA